CGAAACCCCAUUCUCCACCUUCGUCUUCUCUUCACCAGCCACCAGCAGUCCCCGACGAAGAGAGGCACGCCGCCAGUCGCCGCUGCUUGAAACCGACGGAUAGUGGUUCAAUUUCGACAACGAUUGAGGAAUUCAAGAAGGAAUUGAAGAAGAAGAAAGGAAGGAUUAAGAACGCAUAAAAAGGAGAAGAACAUAGGAGGAGCUAACUGUUCGACGUUUGCUGAGUUUGAGGGCAGAGAUUCCGGUGGUGUGCAGACGCAAUUUCGGCCAGCGUAAUUUUUUACUCUUCCCCAUUCUGGCCGACAACGAAGGGUUUUUAAGGUGGGUUUCAGGUGAUUAUGCCCACCUGAAUGUGUUCAGUCUCUCCCUCCCUUGUCCCUAGUGAUUGGCUAACUUUGAACUGAUUUCUACCUUUCUUUUGAUUUGCAGGGCAUAGCAGCGAAGAGGUUUUGCAAUCAGGUUUCGGGAUACAGAUUUGUACCAGAUACCGGUUUUGUACCGGAUACCGAUUAUCCGGUAUACCGAUAUACAAGUUAAAAUCCGGUAUCGGUAUUCGGCGUCCAUAUUCUCAAUUCCCGGUAUAUCGAAUACCGAAUACUGACCGACCACUACCAGCCUUACCUAUCCAUCCUACUUUUGCUCCCGCUAAAGGAAAAUUAAUUGUUGAAAAACUACUCUUAACUAUGUUAUAUAUUUGUAGAUAAUCUAGAUGUUUGAGAGUCGCAUUUUCCUGUGUUUAUUUCUAUAAAUUAAAGGAGACAAAAAUCAUAGAAAUUCUUAUUUUUGUUUGCGAAUCAAAUCCAACUUGACAUUGAUCUGAUUUUUUAAAACCAAAGAUCGCUUGCAUUAUCAAGAAAAUGAAGAUCAUAACAUUUACAACUCCAUACGGAGUCAAGCGCAAAAAUCAAAACUAAGUACAUCCAUGAAGACAAAGCUAGAGCCUUCUUAAGCACCCGAUGGACUACUCUAUUGUUCUGUCUUCCAAAUAAAUGCACUGAGAAUGCCGGAUGUUCUUGCCGCAUCACCUUGAUUUCUUGGUAAAUGGCACCUCCCCACGCAUCGGUCACACUCCCCGUGUUUACCUUAUCGAUGACCCCUUUAACAUCACCCAUCAAGCACACAUCAGAGAGACCCUUACUAAUGCACCAAUGAAAAGCUUUCCUUAAUGUCACAGCUACAGGAUUGUUGGGCCAUGAGCCCCAUCAAAAGGAAGCCCACAUGUCAUCACCCCAGUCUGAUCCUGAAGAACCAAGCCCACCGCCGCAUGAGACACACCGCAAAUCGCCCCAUCAAAGGAACCAACCAAGUCGACUUGUGGCCUUGUUACCCCCUCUGUCGACACUAAGCACUCACUCCCACAAGCUCCAUGACAUUUCUGAUAGGAAUCCCUAGCCACUCCUGAAUCGGACCCUUUAGAUGUCGCCACAAAACUUGUAUCCAAACCCGCUUGAAAUAAAAAACCACCCCGUUGAUUUUAAAUUUCUUUAUCAUUUUUAUAUAAAAAGAUAGAUAAAUUUGUUUAGUGUAAUUGAUAACGAAUCAUAUCCUUGUUUAAAAAAAUCAUGGUUGCCAUGAUUGAUGUAUUUUUUAUGAAUAAUAAAUAAAGACAAAUCAACCAUUUAUACUUUUGUCCCGUUAGAGAAAAUUUGAAAUGUAGAGAAUACGGAGACUCAAAUGGUGGAUAUGCAAGCAUGAUAACGUUUGGCCAAUGUUGCUGAAGUUUAUAUUAUGCACUUAACUAUCAUGGACAAUGCAACUAAAAUCCCACGUCAAAUUGCAUCUAGUUGCUUCUAAGGAAUUGCUUAGAAUAUACUCAACAUAGAAGAAGCUGUUAGGAACGGAACAACAAAAGGAACGAGGUUACCGAAUCUGGAGCUGAGUCGCGGACUAGGUCGCUCUCUUUAAGACGUUCGCGGCACUGCGUUCGAUGCGCACGGCAGACUAUCAACCGGUCGUCUCCAGGAUAAAACAGCUCCUCUCAAUACUCGCGGUUUUGUGCGAAAACCGAAGCUCUCUAAACACUCUCUCUAUGUGUUUCUGCUCGUUGUGAUGUGAUUAGAGGGGCUGGGGAGGCGGCUAUUUAUAGGAGCCGAACCCCUAGGAAUAUACCCUCUUGCUUGGGGAAUAAGUCGGAUUAAUUAAGGAAGAUAAUUACUUCCUUAAUUAAAACCGUCGGUUAAGAUAAACCCGGAGGGAUUAUCCUUCGAAUAUUCCUUUUCAGUCGAUUAUCCCUUAGAAUAUUCCUCAGAAUAACCGAUUAAUAAUUAAUUAUUAGAUAAUUAAUUUCGUUCGGAAUUUUUGUAAAAAAUAUAUAUGUAGUCUCAAGUGAACCAACCAACCAACCGAAUGACCGACCGGCCGGUCGGUCGGACGGACAGACGGCGCGCGCGCGCGUGUGUGUGGUGGUCCGUUACGUCCUCCCUCUCCCACAAAAGUGGGUCACCCCAAGGGGCAUGCCCUUGGGAGAGAGGCUCCUAUCUUUAUACCCAUUUCACCAAGUAAAACUAUCAAUGUGGUAGUUUUUCCACUUGAGACUCUAUAGCUUUCAAAGCUAUUCAUAUACAUUUCCAACAAUCCCCCACUUGAAUAGUUUUGAAACUAUCUCUGAGCAUUAACAGUUCCAUAAGAUCGGGCAUAAGCUAAGGUAUCGCGAAGAUUUGAACCUUAGCGUAGUGGUUACACUUCCGAUUUCAUAAGGGUGACUCGUAGUCUUGAACCCUAUCUCAGACAGUAUAGCACACCGGAUCUUUUCAUUGAGUUGUGUUCUCUUCUUAGCCCGUGCGUUUAUGGCCAUGCACGUUAUCCUGGUUUAGUGAACGCUCUAGCAACUUUGUGCCUCCAAAGUUCCAUAGGGAGCAGCCCCACUCCCACAUUCACAUAGGUGAGUCUAUCAAGAGUACCCCCAAAGUAAAGUACUCCACCCCACAUAGGGUAUAGAUCUCAUUAAGAGUUAUUAACUCAGCCUCCAUUGCUUUGGGAUUCAUGCUUCACUAUGCAUGAACUUUUCGCAUACUACUCAUGACUUGUUAUUACCCAUUGAACCCAUUUCUUGGGAUCUCCAGUCUAUUGGGUCGGGUUACCAUCACUUGUAGUCCGUGGUUCGGUAGGCAUAAGUCCCAUACCCUUGGCGGUAUUCUGGACUUUCUCUCUAGGUAAUCCUUUCGUCAAAGGAUCAGCUAGAUUUUGUUCGGAUCUUAUAUGAUCCACCCUCACUGCUCCUAUCGUUAGGAGUUCUCUUACAGUACUGUGCUUAUGACGAAUCUGUCGUUUCUUUCCGUUAUAGAACCGGUUCUCAACUUUAGCGAUAGCUGCGGUACUAUCACAAUGGAUCAAUACCGGAGGGACCGGUCUUUCCCAUAGGGGAAUCUCUGACAACAAUCCUCUCAACCAACUUGCUUCUUCACUAGCCGUUGCUAGUGCUAUCAUCUCUGAUUCCAUAGUUGAUUGAGCUAGGAUUGUUUGUUUCUUUGACUUCCAAGACACAGCUCCACCUGCGAUGUUAAAAACAUACCCGCUGGUUGCCUUGGAGUCAUCUGAUAGGGUAUUCCAAUCCGCAUCACUAUACCCUUCUAGUACAGCAGGAAACCUUUGAUAGUGUAUACCAAGGUUUGCUGUUCUCUUGAGGUAUCUCAUGACCCUCUCUAUAGCAUUCCAAUGCUCUCUACUAGGACAGCUGUUAAACCUGCCAAGCAAUCCCACGACAUAUGCAAUGUCUGGUCGAGUGUAAUCCGCAGCAUAACGGAGACUACCAAUGAUGCUAGCAUAUUCUGAUUGUCUUACACUGUCUCCAGUGUUCUUAAAUAGCUUUACACUAGCAUCAUACGGAGUACACGCAGGUUUACAGUCGAAAUAUUUAUAUUUCUUCAAGAUCUUCUCUAUGUAGCUAGAUUGAUCUAGAGAAUAACCAUUUGUUGUUCUAGUUAUCUGGAUUCCAAGCAUAAACUUUGCUUCUCCCAGAUCUUUCACUUCAAAGCUCUCUUUCAACAUGGUUUUUGCUUCAUUGACCACGUGAAUAUUUGUACCAAAUAUCAACAUGUCAUCUACAUACAAACAUAUGAUAGUACAAGUGUUAUUUUCUGACUUGCAGUAAAUACACUUGUCACUUUCAUUCACCUUAAAGCCAUGUGAGAGAACGAGAGUGUCAAACUUCUCAUGCCACUGUUUUGGAGCAUGUUUCAAACCAUAUAAUGAUUUGUCUAACUUACAGACUUUCGAGGCAUGUUCGGGGAUAACAAACCCUUCUGGUUGUUCCAUAUAGAUUUCUUCAUCCAGAUCUCCGUUCAAAAAGGCGGUCUUAACAUCCAUUUGGUAUACCACGAGAUUGUUCAAGGCAGCAAGAGCAAUCAUUACACGAAUGGAUGUUAUUCUUGAUACUGGUGAAUAGGUAUCGAAGAAAUCUAUAUUCUCUCUCUGCCUGUAGCCCUUAACUACUAGGCGAGCUCGGAACCUUUCAAUUGCACCAUCAGGUUUCCGUUUCGUUUUUAGAACCCAUUUAUUACCUAAGACUUUGCAGCCAGGAGGUAAGUCUGUUAGAUGCCAAGUCUUAUUAGCUUCUAACGAUUCCAUUUCAUCUAUAACGGCCUCAUUCCAAAAAUCUGCAUCUACGGAAGUUAAUGCUUCCUGCAAACUUUUUGGAUCUUCGAGGGUGAAUACUGUAGUAAAGUCAUCACCAAAAUCUUUAGAGAUUCUAGCUCUUUUACUUCUUCUGAGUUCAUCCUCAGAACCAACACCCCCACUAGUUCCGUUAUCUCUAAUAGCGGGUAGUACAUUACCCCCACUAUUUCUCGUUUUAAAUGGAAAUCGUGUCUCAAAGAAAUCAGCAUCAAUGGAUUCUAUUAUAGUACGAGCAUUCAAAUCAUAGAAUCUAUAUGCCUUACUAUUGGCCGCAUAGCCAACGAAGACACACUCAUAUGCUCGACUAGCCAAUUUAAUCCUCUUAGGAUCCGGAAUUCUUACGUAGGCCAAACAGCCCCACGUUCUUAAUUAGGACAGAUUAGGUGGCUUAUUCUUCAAGAUCUCAUAGGGUGAUUCUUUUCUAUUUGUUUUUGGAAGACGGUUUAGCACAUAGCAAACUGUCAACAAAAUAUCACCCCACCAAGAAGAAGCAGCUCCAGAAUUGAGCAUAAUAGCCACAACUAAUUCUGUAAACGUCCUAUUUUUCCGCUCAGCUUUACCAUUCAUAUCUGGUGAAUAUGGUGCCGUGGUUUCAUGAAUGAUACCAUGUGAGCUAUAGAAUUCCUUGAAGGGAUUAGAUUCAUACUCUGAUCCUCUAUCACUCCUAAGUCUUUUUAUAUUUCGAUUGCACUGAUUUUCAAAUUCAACCACAAAUACCUUGAACAUAUCAAGGGCUUCACUUUUGUUUUUCAUCAAAUAAACAAAGCAAUAAUCAGAGCAAUCAUCUAUGAAAGUGAUAAAGUAUCUCUUGCCAGACCUAGUUAACGUCCCAUCUAGUUCACAAAUAUCAGAAUGAAUAAGAUCUAAGGGUUCUGAUUCUCUACUCACUGAUUUAUGGGGCGUUUUCGUUAUUUUAGCUUGGCUACAGAAAUCACAUUUAUCAAAUUCAUUCAUUGAGAGUUUAGGGAUAUGUCCUAGCUUGCUUAAAUUCUUCACAAUACGUGUGUUCACAUGACAAAGACGCGCAUGCCAGACAUUCAAAUCACACCAUGUAAACUGAAGAAUUCAUCUUAUUAAUUUCGACAUUCAACUUGAACAUCCCAUUACAUGCAUAUCCCUUUCCCACAAAACUCCCAUUCUUAGUAAGGGUAUACAAGUCUGCCCCAAUAGAUUGAUUAAACCCAGCCUUAUUAAGAAGAUAUCCCGAAACAAGAUUCUUCCUUAUCUCUGAAGUGUGCAACACAUCCUUGAGCACCAUCUUCUUCCCAGAGGUGAAGUUCAACUCCACUUCACCAGAACCAGCAACCAUAGUGGUGUGAGUAGUCCCCAACAACACUUUCUUGUCAGCAGGUGCUUCUGUGUAUGUUUUAAACAUAGCACGGUUGUUGCAUACAUGCUUCAAUGCACCUGUAUCCAGCCACCAUCCUUCUGAGUCACCGGUAAUAUGGCCCGGGAGAAGGCCUUUGGUUCAGAAUCAAGCCUCACGAAGUGAGGGCAGCUCACUCCCUGAACUCGUCAAGACUAUGGAUUGAUUGAAAGAUGAAGACGGUCGAUUUCGUGCAAUCCCACACGCAAGGGAAGAAGGCUCGAAAUAGAUAGGUUGCUGCUCGGCCACGAUCAAGGUGGUUAUUGAUCGAUACAAGCUCUCCAACAACUUAGAAUUCCUUCCAAGCCGCUCACUCAACUCACGUAGCUAACUAGGUGAAUUCAAACUCAAGGUUGUAUUCUUAUUAAUUAAGAUAUGCCUAUUACAAUGUACUGGACGUCUUUAAAUAUAGCUAAGAUAACUACUCAAACUAAUAAGGACUCCAAAUCACAAACAAACUUGUAAACCCAACUUCAAACGGAAAAAAGGUAAAGACAAACUGAAUCCUCCAGGGACUCGGACUGGUGGUGUAGCAAGGCAGUUUCCAUGAGGCUUCAUGCGACCUUGCUGGGUUUCGUAGGAAGCCUUCCAAUCUUCAAUUCUUCUAACCAAUGCCCCGCCGUUGAAGUAGAUAAACUGUACUCUCAUGUGGUAUAAGCUUCCAGGCUCGACGUUCAUCCAAGAGUCUCAGACAAAGCCUCAAAGUCACCUUGAUGGCCACGUUCCAUGCCUUAGCCAAUUCCUGGCCAAUUCCCAGUUUUGACAUAGGGUUUUGAGAGAGUUUAAAAGUGGCCUUUCUAGUUCUUCCUUGAGCUCCCAACCCUUCCUUCUUGUAGAGAAACUUCCCAGGUCCCAAACAAGCCACCAUUCGCCUCAUUUCUUUGAACGUAUCCCGAGUUGCACAUGUGCAAAGUAGUGUACCCGGAACAUGUAAAAUACUUGGACAAAAAUAAAGGUUCUUGUUAGUGAUGAAGUGUGCUUCUUGCUCAAGCAAUCCAAUCUUGUAAACCGAUCCAAAUGAAAUCAUAUCAGGCCCUCCCUCUUGAAAAAGUGUUGCCCUCAACACUUGGCUCUUAGUAUUCUCAAAUCGCUCACAGAACUGGUCCCAAAUGGGGUCGACAAAGGCCUGUUCCAACUCAAAUUUCUGGCAAACAAGGUCAAAGUUCUUCAUCCAUGGAAUUGGGGUUUUCUGAUAUAGGCAUCUCCACUUCAAUUGACCGCCAUCAAGAGCUUUUUCAUACUCCCAAUUUGCGUUCUGGACAAGUCGCUUCGCUCGAAUCGUCGUUAUCAUCGUCAAAUCAUUAUUCCCUCUCUUCCCGCCAACGCCGUCUUUUAAAAUCGUGGAACUCAGCACCCUUGCCUUUGAUUUAGGCGUUUCAACCUCGAUCAUUCUCAGCUUCAAUUGAUCAUCCCCAUAGCUUCCUGUGAGCCUUGCCAACAAAUCUACACCCAUAAUUUGCGUCGACUCGCUCUCAUUGUUGUCAACCAAUAGAGCCAAUUUUGGGUCGCGCUUGCUUGUUUCCAGAGUAACUUUGGUUCGACUUGGAUCCUGGAACCCGGUGACCGCCGUCCCAAUCAGAUUGGUGGAGAAGCUUCCUGGAGACACAAGGGUUGUGUCGAUAUCCUCCUUUCCAUUUGGGCUGCUCUCCAACGCCCCACCCAAUUCACCCUCUUUCUUCCCCUGCCCAGGCGACAUUGAACAGAGCAACUUCUUUCGACGACGUCGAGGUUGCCUCUCCUUUUUGUACGCUGUUAGCAUAAAUCGGUGGGUGAUGAAAUUAACAUCCUUGGAAGCUUCGAGCUCUCCCCCACUGGAAUUCUUGGCUGCCGCCGCCAGUGGGCUUCCAUCUGGCGUUGGUCGUCGUGAACUUCGGCAGGCUUCAGGGGUUUGAGCAGAAUAUACUGAUUCUGAUGCUUGAACUUAUGGCAGUUGGUUCUUCCGUCAUGACAGACUCCUCGAUCAAACUGCCAAGGACGUCCAAGCAGAAGGUGUGCAACUUGCAUUGGUGCAACGUCAAAAACGAUCUCGUCCUGAUAUGGGCCGACUUCGAACUUGAUUUUGGCUUGCUUGUUGACUUUGAUUGCACCGUAGUCAUUUAGCCAAUGCAAUGUAUAGGGCUCUGGAUGUCUGGUCGUGCUAACGCCAAGUUUCUUGAUCACGUCGGAGCUUACGACAUUAGCACAACUUCCCCCAUCGAUAACUAAUGACAACACUUCGCCAUUAACGGUACACCUGGAAUGAAACAGGUUAGUUCGUUGUUCAGAGUUUGAAUGAACACCUAUGGUGAGGGUUCUUCUGUUGACGCAACUCAAUUUUCCUGGUGCAGCUUCGGCCUCCAUAAUUAUCUCUUCAUCAAUCUCCUCCUCAUCGAAAUUCUUUUCCUCGUCGGUGAGGUAUUCGCCAUCACGAAUUACCAAAGCUUUCACGUUUGGACAUUGGUUUGCUUUGUGUCCUCGUCCAUGACACUUAAAGCACUGGAUUCCCCCGGUUCUUUCAGUAGCAACUGGAUUUAGGGUCUUGGGAACCAAUUUGGCAGUUUCGGGUCUUGUUGGAGGUGAGUUAGCUUCUACACUUGUAUCUGCUGCUGUCUUUACUGUCGAGGAAAAACGCCGCCCUGAUCGCAUCUUCUGCUGCUUUUCGAUCUUCACAGCGAGGUGGACAACCUCCUCUAGGUCGUUGAAGUUCCUUAGCUCCACUUCGUCGCGGAUUUCGCGAUUUAAUCCAUGUAGGAAUCUUUAAAUUGUCGCCUCUCUGUCUUCUCGUACGUCAGCCCUCAUCAUGAGCAGCUCCAGUUCUUGAUAAUAGUCCUCCACCGUUCUUGAUCCUUGACGAACACUCUGCAAGGCGUCAUGAACUUCUCUUAGGUAGUACCCUGGGACGAAUCGAUCCCUCAUUAGACCACGCAGGUCUUCCCACGUCGUCACCGGUGGCUGCAUAUUUCGCCGGCGACGAAUUUGGAGCUGUUCCCACCACUGGGCAGCAUACUCGCUGAAUUCAUAGGUGGCUAAACUUACCUUCUGCUGGUCUGUGUAACGGCCGCAUUGAAAAAACAAGGUGAUUUUUCGUUCCCAGUCCAAAUAUGUCGUCGCGUUCACCGUACCCUGAAACGCUGGUAUCGUUAGCUUAAUCCCAGGUGGGAUUAUAGGCUCUUCGUCUCGAUUCUCUCGUCGAUGACGCUCACGGUUGGGUUCAGCCACCACUAAUCGCCGUUCAAGCUCCUCAAUUCGAUCUACUAACGCUGGAUUGCCAUUGGGAUUUUCGUCGUCUCGAGCAUCCCCAUCUUGAUCUCUGUUUUCCAGCCGAACGAUGGUGUCAAUCCUCUGAUUGAUCUCCUGCCUGAAUUGAUUUAGGCUCGUGUCAAAUCGGCGCAUCAACUCCUCUAUGUCAAUGGUUUGUCCCGCCAUUGCGAAUUCUUCUGCUGCAAACUCGCCUUCAAGCCCUGCUUCUUCCUGUGAAUUUCUGCUUAUAGCUUCAGGAUCGUCGGCGACGGAGCCCUUCGAUCUUGUCCAAGGCGCGGUUCCCCCAACGAGGUUCUUCGUCCUGCCCACUGCGUAUGAACCGGGCUCUGAUUACCACUUAAUAUGGCCCGGGAGAAGGCCUUUGGUUCAUAAUCAAGCCUCACGAAGUGAGGGCAGCUCACUCCCUGAACUCGUCAAGACUAUGGAUUGAUUGAAAGAUGAAGACGGUCGAUUUCGUGCAAUCCCACACGCAAGGGAAGAAGGCUCGAAAUAGAUAGGUUGCUGCUCGGCCACGAUCAAGGUGGUUAUUGAUCGAUACAAGCUCUCCAACAACUUAGAAUUCCUUCCAAGCCGCUCACUCAACUCACGUAGCUAACUAGGUGAAUUCAAACUCAAGGUUGUAUUCUUAUUAAUUAAGAUCUGCCUAUUACAAUGUACUGGACGUCUUUAAAUAUAGCUAAGAUAACUAC